CGCUGGGCGCGGCCGGGGGCGGCGGGCGGGAAGUGAUGCGCUCCGCCGGCUUCCGCCAGCGGCCCGGCCGCGGCCAUGGCGGGGUAUUUGACUCCGCGCUUCAGGAGGAUCCGCAGCCAGAGCGAGUUGCGGCCGCGGCGGGGGAGCGGGCGGCGCCGAGACUGCGAUGGUCCUUUUCAAGCAACUCAGCUGUGGAAUAGUAUUAUACAUGCCCUUCACAAUCAAGUGGAAAUCAAAAGACGUAGACAGCACCUGAAAACAUACAGAAACUGUUUCACCGGCUCCAAUGCUGUUGAUGUGGUACUGAGCCAUCUUAUGCAAAGCAUGUACCUAAGCUGCAGUGAUAUUUCUCGGAUGAAGGGGGUCCGUGUAUGCCAAGCAUUGAUGGAUCACAAAGUGUUUGAGCCAGUUGGAGCUAAGCUUUACUUAUUCAAGAAUGGGAAAGAAACAGAGUUUGAAGACACAGACACUAGCCUCUAUAGAUUUGUAAAUAGCAGUCUUGAUCCUCUUCCAAGAAAGAGUAAGGACAAUGAAAGCUUGUCUCCUGAGCAAAUCUGCAAACAGAAAAUGAAAAGAUAUUCCAAAACAAAGUGUGACACAACACUUUCAAACCCCUUGGCAUUGGAAGCAGCUGAUAAAAAGAGGGUUGAGGAGCUUCUUCAAUCAAUAUAUGUUCAUGCCUCUUUACCUCCAAAGAUCAUGGUUAAUGAACCAACUCGCCUGCUCUCAAAAGGAGUAAUAGAAGAUGUCUGGAAACAGCAAACUCUGCUACGACUGCUUCAGUUAAUUGAUGUUCCCCUUCUAGAAGAUAUCUUGGCAUCUUCAGUGAAGACAAAAUCAGACAGUUUUGGCAAAGAAGACGACAUGAUUAUCUCAAAUACUUUCCUGGACAGAGAGAUUAUGUGUAGCUUAAACUUGCCUGAGCUUGACAGUUGGCUCUUUGCUGCAAUUGAAUGCUUGGAGUAUUUUCCUGACGAAUUCCUAGUGAUGGUUAGUCAGCAGUUAUCUCAAAGCACUAACGACCCCAGCAGUCUGAAUACAUACAAGAAGAUUAUUUUUGAUGUUAUAAUUAAAUAUUACAGUCAAAAAAAGGACUCUCUUCUUGCCACUCAGGAUUUUGAUAUUCAUUCAGGAAUUAUAGAACUUAUAGAAAAAGGAAAAACAGAUCAAGCUCUAGAGGCAUUACAACUUUAUCUUAAAUUAUUAGCACCGAAUAUUAGUGAAGAACUUCACAGACUCCUCACAUUCCUAGCCAUUGCGUCAGAAUCUGAGGGCUACAGAUUGCAAAAACAAUUUGAGAACAGAUUUGUGAUCAUCAAGACUUGUACAAAGUUCAUCUUACAAAACAGGACACUGUCAAAACCACAGGCAGAACUGCUGACUCAGUUUCUGAUGGACAAUCACUCCGAGCUCUUUAAGGCUCCUUUAACUCUUCUGGAACUAACGAGUAGGAGACUUCAGAGUUUGAUAGAAGGGCAAGAUCCAGAUAUCAAUUCAGGCUUCACCUUCUGUCAACGCAUUACAACUAAAGAAUAUGAAGAUCAAAAGCAACAAACCAAUCAGUAUCUUCUAGCACUGAUUCAAGAGAUGGACAAUGACCCUACUGUUCCUUUGAAGCAAAAGAAGAAAUUAAUCAAAGAAUUCCGAAAAUAUCAUUCUUUUGUCUACUGUAGUGGCUGUAAAACUACAUGUGCAUUUUGUACUCCAAAUGGUUAGACUUCAAUACAGCUUUUUUUAAUCUUUUUUUAAAAGAGUGGAGGAGGCACAUGAAAAUUGCUCAUAAAAAAAUGUUCUUCUCUUACAUCUUUACAUCUUCAGCUUCAGGAAGCUACAACUAUCAAAAUUACUAUGCUACUAAAAAGCAUUAACUCUAAUUAAUCUUUUAAGCAAAAUAUACUUAAUUAUUUGUAAGUAAGUAAUAACAGCACACUGCUUGGGCUGCCUUGAGUUCAAGGUUUGGCACUUUCUUCCAUCUGUCCCACAGCCCCAUGGCUUUCUAUCUGAGCCACAUCCAAGUUUUGAGCUGUG